AUGAGUGCAUUCGGACUUCUAGGCAGUAGUGCGUUAGCAAAACAAAGUCAAAGUCAACAACCUAAAGAUCAGCCUCUGUGUCCUGAACUGGUUGCCACAGUGGAUAACUUCAAGACAUUCUUGGCUGAGCAGAAGAAGCUCCGAGAGGAGUUGGUAAAUCUUUCCCAACAGCCUUUGGUAAAACUGAAAGAUGAAUUGUCCUGUAUGAUGCAACAAGUGUCUGCGGUCACUGCCGGGUUGCGUCGAAUUGCCGCUCAGCGUGAACGUCUGAAAGAGGAUGUCAGAAAGGAAGAAACUAAUAUGGGUAUUGUGCAGCGCAACGCGGAUUGUGGGCCGGUUGUACAAUACGAGAACAACGCUACAAUUGAAUAUUUCUUGAACAAAUUGGUGGAGUUUGAUACCCGAAUGCGUUCUUACAAACAGGAAUUGGAAGUGAUCGAAGAGAUCAUUAGUUCUCAAAACCGCUGCUGUCUAUCACCUAAGGAUCUUGUUGGAUUGUUGCGUCAGAUGGACAACGAAUUUAUUUGCCUUGCUGCUCAGCUUCAUACAGCAUAUGAAAAAGUCAAGGGUCUAAAAACUCGCUAUCUCCGCAGUUUUCGUACGACUAGUGGUGAUUCGCGAAAUCCGUUCUCUGAGGUAGAAGCAGCCAGUGCAAAAUUGCGGCAACUGGACAAUAAUCUAGACUUCACUCUCUUGAGUUUGAAGCGAACCAGUGGGGUCAAAACCCCUUACGGUCCAACUCCGUUCUCUGCAAUAACGAAUUCAACCACACCAUUAUUACCCGCCUUGACAAACCAGGCUGGUCCUGUCGGUUUGAGUUCGCAACCCAAUCCGCUUGGUCCACAAGCACCCAGUUUGCUCGGACAAACCACAUCCGCGGGUUUGAAUCCAUCGUUUGGUUUAGGUUUGGGAAGUUCGCCAUUCGCUCAAUCAGCUGCAACACAACCGUCGGCAUUAUCUGGACCGUUUCAACUGAACUCUCUCGGAGCCACCACUACGACAUCUACUGUUUCCGGCACCCUUCCUAGUCUCGGCCUGGGUUUGAACACUUCAUCGGCUCAGAAACCAGCAUUUGGCUUUGGUUUAGCCACCUCGAACGCAACCCCAGGUGUUGGCACCAGUCCUUUUGGUCUGACUGCACAACCAACCACUAGCACUGCCGCGGCCUCACCGUUUUCCUCACUCUUCCAGGGGACAACGGCUACUGGAGGUACAUCCAACGUGUUAUUUGGAACCGGAGCAAACACCCCAUCAUCAUCAGGGGAUAGCCUGUUUGGGAAGCGAGUAGCAGCUAAGCCAACUUCACUGUUCCUACCGAAAACCUAA